CUAACCCUAGACUAACCCUGACCCAGGGCCUACCUCUAACCCUAGACUAACCCUGACCCAGGGCCUACCUCUAACCCUAGACUAACCCUGACCCAGGGCCUACCUCUAACCCUAGACUAACCCUGACCCAGGGUCUACCUCUAACCCUAGACUAACCCUGACCCAGGGUCUACCUCUGACCCUAGACUAACCCUGACCCAGGGCCUACCUCUAACCCUAGACUAGCCCUGACCCAGGACCUACCUCUAACCCUAGACUAACCCUAGACUAACCCUGACCCAGGGCCUACCUCUAACCCUAGACUAACCCUGACCCAGGGCCUACCUUUAACCCUAGACUAACCCUGACCCAGGGCCUACCUCUAACCCUAGACUAACCCUGACCCUGACCCAGGGCCUACCUCUAACCCUAGACUAACCCUGACCCAGGGCCUACCUCUAACCCUAGACUAACCCUGACCCAGGGCCUACCUCUAACCCUAGACUAACCCUGACUCAGGGCCUAUCUCUAACCCUAGACUAACCCUAACCCUGAACCAGGGCCUACCUCUAACCCUAGACUAACCCUGACCCAGGGCCUACCUCUAACCCUAGACUAACCCUGACUCAGGGCCUAUCUCUAACCCUAGACUAACCCUAACCCUGAACCAGGGCCUACCUCUAACCCUAGACUAACCCUGACCCAGGGCCUACCUCUAACCCUAGACUAACCCUGACCCAGGGCCUACCUCUAACCCUAGACUAACCCUGACCAGGGCCUACCUCUAACCCUAGACUAACCCUGACCCAGGGCCUACCUCUAACCCUAGACUAACCCUGACCCAGGGCCUACCUCUAACCCUAGACUAACCCUGACCCAGGGCCUACCUCUAACCCUAGACUAACCCUGACCCUGACCCAGGGCCUACCUCUAACCCUAGACUAACCCUGACCCAGGGCCUACCUCUAACCCUAGACUAACCCUGACCCAGGGCCUACCUCUAACCCUAGACUAACCCUAACCCUGACCCAGGGCCUACCUCUAACCCUAGACUAACCCUGACCCAGGGUCUACCUCUAACCCUAGACUAGCCCUGACCCAGGGCCUACCUCUAACCCUAGACUAACCCUGACCCAGGGCCUACCUCUAACCCUAGACUAACCCUGACCCAGGGCCUACCUCUAACCCUAGACUAACCCUGACCCAGGGCCUACCUCUAACCCUAGACUAACCCUGACCCAGGGCCUACCUCUAACCCUAGACUAACCCUGACUCAGGGCCUAUCUCUAACCCUAGACUAACCCUAACCCUGAACCAGGGCCUACCUCUAACCCUAGACUAACCCUGACCCAGGGCCUACCUCUAACCCUAGACUAACCCUGACUCAGGGCCUAUCUCUAACCCUAGACUAACCCUAACCCUGAACCAGGGCCUACCUCUAACCCUAGACUAACCCUGACCCAGGGCCUACCUCUAACCCUAGACUAACCCUGACCCAGGGCCUACCUCUAACCCUAGACUAACCCUGACCAGGGCCUACCUCUAACCCUAGACUAACCCUGACCCAGGGCCUACCUCUAACCCUAGACUAACCCUGACCCAGGGCCUACCUCUAACCCUAGACUAACCCUGACCCAGGGCCUACCUCUAACCCUAGACUAACCCUGACCCUGACCCAGGGCCUACCUCUAACCCUAGACUAACCCUGACCCAGGGCCUACCUCUAACCCUAGACUAACCCUGACCCAGGGCCUACCUCUAACCCUAGACUAACCCUAACCCUGACCCAGGGCCUACCUCUAACCCUAGACUAACCCUGACCCAGGGUCUACCUCUAACCCUAGACUUGCCCUGACCCAGGGCAUACCUCUAACCCUAGACUAACCCUGACCCAGGGCCUACCUCUAACCCUAGACUAACCCUGACCCAGGGCCUACCUCUAACCCUAGACUAACCCUGACCCAGGGCCUACCUCUAACCCUAGACUAACCCUGACCCAGGGCCUACCUCUAACCCUAGACAAACCCUGACCCUGACCCAGGGCCUACCUCUAACCCUAGACUAGCCCUGACCCAGGGCCUACCUCUAACCCUAGACUAACCCUGACCCAGGGCCUACCUCUAACCCUAGACUAACCCUGACCCUGACCCAGGACCUACCUCUAACCCUAGACUAACCCUGACCCAGGGUCUACCUCUAACCCUAGACUAACCCUGACCCAGGGCCUACCUCUAACCCUAGACUAACCCUGACCCAGGACCUACCUCUAACCCUAGACUAACCCUAGACUAACCCUGACCCAGGGCCUACCUCUAACCCUAGACUAGCCCUGACCCAGGGCCUACCUCUAACCCUAGACUAGCCCUGACACAGGGCCUACCUCUAACCCUAGACUAGCCCUGACCCAGGGCCUACCUCUAACCCUAGACUAACCCUGACCCAGGACCUACCUCUAACCCUAGACUAGCCCUGACCCAGGACCUACCUCUAACCCUAGACUAGCCCUGACCCAGGGUCUACCUCUAACCCUAGACUAACCCUGACCUAGGGCCUACCUCUAACCCUAGACUAACCCUGACCCAGGACCUACCUCUAACCCUAGACUAGCCCUGACCCAGGACCUACCUCUAACCCUAGACUAGCCCUGACCCAGGGUCUACCUCUGACCCUAGACUAACCCUGACCCAGGGCCUACCUCUAACCCUAGACUAGCCCUGACCCAGGACCUACCUCUAACCCUAGACUAACCCUAGACUAACCCUGACCCAGGGCCUACCUCUAACCCUAGACUAACCCUGACCCAGGGCCUACCUUUAACCCUAGACUAACCCUGACCCAGGGCCUACCUCUAACCCUAGACUAACCCUGACCCAGGGCCUACCUCUAACCCUAGACUAACCCUGACCCAGGGCCUACCUCUAACCCUAGACUAACCCUGACCCAGGGCCUACCUCUAACCCUAGACUAACCCUGACCCAGGGCCUACCUCUAACCCUAGACUAACCCUGACCCAGGGCCUACCUCUAACCCUAGACUAACCCUGACCCUGACCCAGGGCCUACCUCUAACCCUAGACUAACCCUGACCCAGGGCCUACCUCUAACCCUAGACUAACCCUGACCCAGGGCCUACCUCUAACCCUAGACUAACCCUGACUCAGGGCCUAUCUCUAACCCUAGACUAACCCUAACCCUGAACCAGGGCCUACCUCUAACCCUAGACUAACCCUGACCCAGGGCCUACCUCUAACCCUAGACUAACCCUGACUCAGGGCCUAUCUCUAACCCUAGACUAACCCUAACCCUGAACCAGGGCCUACCUCUAACCCUAGACUAACCCUGACCCAGGGCCUACCUCUAACCCUAGACUAACCCUGACCCAGGGCCUACCUCUAACCCUAGACUAACCCUGACCAGGGCCUACCUCUAACCCUAGACUAACCCUGACCCAGGGCCUACCUCUAACCCUAGACUAACCCUGACCCAGGGCCUACCUCUAACCCUAGACUAACCCUGACCCAGGGCCUACCUCUAACCCUAGACUAACCCUGACCCUGACCCAGGGCCUACCUCUAACCCUAGACUAACCCUUACCCAGGGUCUACCUCUAACCCUAGACUAGCCCUGACCCAGGGCCUACCUCUAACCCUAGACUAACCCUGACCCAGGGCCUACCUCUAACCCUAGAUUAACCCUGACCCAGGGCCUACCUCUAACCCUAGUCUAACCCUGACCCAGGGCCUACCUCUAACCCUAGACUAACCCUGACCCAGGGCCUACCUCUAACCCUAGACAAACCCUGACCCUGACCCAGGGCCUACCUCUAACCCUAGACUAGCCCUGACCCAGGGCCUACCUCUAACCCUAGACUAACCCUGACCCAGGGCCUACCUCUAACCCUAGACUAACCCUGACCCUGACCCAGGACCUACCUCUAACCCUAGACUAACCCUGACCCAGGGUCUACCUCUAACCCUAGACUAACCCUGACCCAGGGCCUACCUCUAACCCUAGACUAACCCUGACCCAGGACCUACCUCUAACCCUAGACUAACCCUAGACUAACCCUGACCCAGGGCCUACCUCUAACCCUAGACUAGCCCUGACCCAGGGCCUACCUCUAACCCUAGACUAACCCUGACACAGGGCCUACCUCUAACCCUAGACUAGCCCUGACCCAGGGCCUACCUCUAACCCUAGACUAACCCUGACCCAGGACCUACCUCUAACCCUAGACUAGCCCUGACCCAGGACCUACCUCUAACCCUAGACUAGCCCUGACCCAGGGUCUACCUCUAACCCUAGACUAACCCUGACCUAGGGCCUACCUCUAACCCUAGACUAACCCUGACCCAGGACCUACCUCUAACCCUAGACUAGCCCUGACCCAGGACCUACCUCUAACCCUAGACUAGCCCUGACCCAGGGUCUACCUCUGACCCUAGACUAACCCUGACCCAGGGCCUACCUCUAACCCUAGACUAGCCCUGACCCAGGACCUACCUCUAACCCUAGACUAACCCUAGACUAACCCUGACCCAGGGCCUACCUCUAACCCUAGACUAACCCUGACCCAGGGCCUACCUUUAACCCUAGACUAACCCUGACCCAGGGCCUACCUCUAACCCUAGACUAACCCUGACCCAGGGCCUACCUCUAACCCUAGACUAACCCUGACCCAGGGCCUACCUCUAACCCUAGACUAACCCUGACCCAGGGCCUACCUCUAACCCUAGACUAACCCUGACCCAGGGCCUACCUCUAACCCUAGACUAACCCUGACCCAGGGUCUACCUCUAACCCUAGACUAACCCUGACCCAGGGUCUACCUCUGACCCUAGACUAACCCUGACCCAGGGCCUACCUCUAACCCUAGACUAGCCCUGACCCAGGACCUACCUCUAACCCUAGACUAACCCUAGACUAACCCUGACCCAGGGCCUACCUCUAACCCUAGACUAACCCUGACCCAGGGCCUACCUUUAACCCUAGACUAACCCUGACCCAGGGCCUACCUCUAACCCUAGACUAACCCUGACCCUGACCCAGGGCCUACCUCUAACCCUAGACUAACCCUGACCCAGGGCCUACCUCUAACCCUAGACUAACCCUGACCCAGGGCCUACCUCUAACCCUAGACUAACCCUGACUCAGGGCCUAUCUCUAACCCUAGACUAACCCUAACCCUGAACCAGGGCCUACCUCUAACCCUAGACUAACCCUGACCCAGGGCCUACCUCUAACCCUAGACUAACCCUGACUCAGGGCCUAUCUCUAACCCUAGACUAACCCUAACCCUGAACCAGGGCCUACCUCUAACCCUAGACUAACCCUGACCCAGGGCCUACCUCUAACCCUAGACUAACCCUGACCCAGGGCCUACCUCUAACCCUAGACUAACCCUGACCAGGGCCUACCUCUAACCCUAGACUAACCCUGACCCAGGGCCUACCUCUAACCCUAGAAUAACCCUGACCCAGGGCCUACCUCUAACCCUAGACUAACCCUGACCCAGGGCCUACCUCUAACCCUAGACUAACCCUGACCCUGACCCAGGGCCUACCUCUAACCCUAGACUAACCCUGACCCAGGGCCUACCUCUAACCCUAGACUAACCCUGACCCAGGGCCUACCUCUAACCCUAGACUAACCCUAACCCUGACCCAGGGCCUACCUCUAACCCUAGACUAACCCUGACCCAGGGCCUACCUCUAACCCUAGACUAACCCUGACCCAGGGCCUACCUCUAACCCUAGACUAACCCUGACCCAGGGCCUACCUCUAACCCUAGACUAACCCUGACCCAGGGCCUACCUCUAACCCUAGACUAACCCUGACCCUGACCCAGGGCCUACCUCUAACCCUAGACUAGCCCUGACCCAGGGCCUACCUCUAACCCUAGACUAACCCUGACCCAGGGCCUACCUCUAACCCUAGACUAGCCCUGACCCUGACCCAGGGCCUACCUCUAACCCUAGACUAACCCUGACCCUGACCCAGGACCUACCUCUAACCCUAGACUAACCCUGACCCAGGGUCUACCUCUAACCCUAGACUAACCCUGACCCAGGGCCUACCUCUAACCCUAGACUAACCCUGACCCAGGACCUACCUCUAACCCUAGACUAACCCUAGACUAACCCUGACCCAGGGCCUACCUCUAACCCUAGACUAGCCCUGACCCAGGGCCUACCUCUAACCCUAGACUAGCCCUGACACAGGGCCUACCUCUAACCCUAGACUAGCCCUGACCCAGGGCCUACCUCUAACCCUAGACUAACCCUGACCCAGGACCUACCUCUAACCCUAGACUAGCCCUGACCCAGGACCUACCUCUAACCCUAGACUAGCCCUGACCCAGGGUCUACCUCUAACCCUAGACUAACCCUGACCUAGGGCCUACCUCUAACCCUAGACUAACCCUGACCCAGGACCUACCUCUAACCCUAGACUAGCCCUGACCCAGGACCUACCUCUAACCCUAGACUAGCCCUGACCCAGGGUCUACCUCUAACCCUAGACUAACUCUGACCCAGGGCCUACCUCUAACCCUAGACUAACCCUGACCCAGGGCCUACCUCUAACCCUAGACUAACCCUGACCCAGGGCCUACCUCUAACCCUAGACUAACCCUGACCCAGGGCCUACCUCUAACCCUAGACUAACCCUGACCCAGGGCCUACCUCUAACCCUAGACUAACCCUGACCCAGGGUAUACCUCUAACCCUAGACUAACCCUGACCCAGGGCCUACCUCUAACCCUAGACUAACCCCGACCCAGGGCCUACCUCUAACCCUAGACUAGCCCUGACCCAGGACCUACCUUUAACCCUAGACUAACCCUGACCCAGGGUCUACCUCUAACCCUAGACUAACCCUGACCCAGGGCCUACCUCUAACCCUAGACUAGCCCUGACCCAGGACCUACCUCUAACCCUAGACUAACCCUAGACUAACCCUGACCCAGGGCCUACCUCUAACCCUAGACUAACCCUGACCCAGGGCCUACCUCUAACCCUAGUCUAACCCUGACCCAGGGCCUACCUCUAACCCUAGACUAACCCUGACCCAGGGCCUACCUCUAACCCUAGACAAACCCUGACCCUGACCCAGGGCCUACCUCUAACCCUAGACUAGCCCUGACCCAGGGCCUACAUCUAACCCUAGACUAACCCUGACCCAGGGCCUACCUCUAACCCUAGACUAACCCUGACCCUGACCCAGGACCUACCUCUAACCCUAGACUAACCCUGACCCAGGGUCUACCUCUAACCCUAGACUAACCCUGACCCAGGGCCUACCUCUAACCCUAGACUAACCCUGACCCAGGACCUACCUCUAACCCUAGACUAACCCUAGACUAACCCUGACCCAGGGCCUACCUCUAACCCUAGACUAGCCCUGACCCAGGGCCUACCUCUAACCCUAGACUAACCCUGACACAGGGCCUACCUCUAACCCUAGACUAGCCCUGACCCAGGGCCUACCUCUAACCCUAGACUAACCCUGACCCAGGACCUACCUCUAACCCUAGACUAGCCCUGACCCAGGACCUACCUCUAACCCUAGACUAGCCCUGACCCAGGGUCUACCUCUAACCCUAGACUAACCCUGACCUAGGGCCUACCUCUAACCCUAGACUAACCCUGACCCAGGACCUACCUCUAACCCUAGACUAGCCCUGACCCAGGGCCUACCUCUAACCCUAGACUAACCCUGACUCAGGGCCUAUCUCUAACCCUAGACUAACCCUAACCCUGAACCAGGGCCUACCUCUAACCCUAGACUAACCCUGACCCAGGGCCUACCUCUAACCCUAGACUAACCCUGACCCAGGGCCUACCUCUAACCCUAGACUAACCCUGACCAGGGCCUACCUCUAACCCUAGACUAACCCUGAACCAGGGCCUACCUCUAACCCUAGAAUAACCCUGACCCAGGGCCUACCUCUAACCCUAGACUAACCCUGACCCAGGGCCUACCUCUAACCCUAGACUAACCCUGACCCUGACCCAGGGCCUACCUCUAACCCUAGACUAACCCUGACCCAGGGCCUACCUCUAACCCUAGACUAACCCUGACCCAGGGCCUACCUCUAACCCUAGACUAACCCUAACCCUGACCCAGGGCCUACCUCUAACCCUAGACUAACCCUGACCCAGGGUCUACCUCUAACCCUAGACUAGCCCUGACCCAGGGCCUACCUCUAACCCUAGACUAACCCUGACCCAGGGCCUACCUCUAACCCUAGACUAACCCUGACCCAGGGCCUACCUCUAACCCUAGACUAACCCUGACCCAGGGCCUACCUCUAACCCUAGACUAACCCUGACCCAGGGCCUACCUCUAACCCUAGACUAACCCUGACCCUGACCCAGGGCCUACCUCUAACCCUAGACUAGCCCUGACCCAGGGCCUACCUCUAACCCUAGACUAACCCUGACCCAGGGCCUACCUCUAACCCUAGACUAGCCCUGACCCUGACCCAGGGCCUACCUCUAACCCUAGACUAACCCUGACCCUGACCCAGGACCUACCUCUAACCCUAGACUAACCCUGACCCAGGGUCUACAUCUAACCCUAGACUAACCCUGACCCAGGGCCUACCUCUAACCCUAGACUAACCCUGACCCAGGACCUACCUCUAACCCUAGACUAACCCUAGACUAACCCUGACCCAGGGCCUACCUCUAACCCUAGACUAGCCCUGACCCAGGGCCUACCUCUAACCCUAGACUAGCCCUGACACAGGGCCUACCUCUAACCCUAGACUAGCCCUGACCCAGGGCCUACCUCUAACCCUAGACUAACCCUGACCCAGGACCUACCUCUAACCCUAGACUAGCCCUGACCCAGGACCUACCUCUAACCCUAGACUAGCCCUGACCCAGGGUCUACCUCUAACCCUAGACUAACCCUGACCUAGGGCCUACCUCUAACCCUAGACUAACCCUGACCCAGGACCUACCUCUAACCCUAGACUAGCCCUGACCCAGGACCUACCUCUAACCCUAGACUAGCCCUGACCCAGGGUCUACCUCUAACCCUAGACUAACUCUGACCCAGGGCCUACCUCUAACCCUAGACUAACCCUGACCCAGGGCCUACCUCUAACCCUAGACUAACCCUGACCCAGGGCCUACCUCUAACCCUAGACUAACCCUGACCCAGGGCCUACCUCUAACCCUAGACUAACCCUGACCCAGGGCCUACCUCUAACCCUAGACUAACCCUGACCCAGGGUAUACCUCUAACCCUAGACUAACCCUGACCCAGGGCCUACCUCUAACCCUAGACUAACCCCGACCCAGGGCCUACCUCUAACCCUAGACUAGCCCUGACCCAGGACCUACCUCUAACCCUAGACUAACCCUGACCCAGGGUCUACCUCUAACCCUAGACUAACCCUGACCCAGGGCCUACCUCUAACCCUAGACUAGCCCUGACCCAGGACCUACCUCUAACCCUAGACUAACCCUAGACUAACCCUGACCCAGGGCCUACCUCUAACCCUAGACUAACCCUGACCCAGGGCCUACCUCUAACCCUAGACUAACCCUGACCCAGGGCCUACCUCUAACCCUAGACUAACCCUGACCCAGGGCCUACCUCUAACCCUAGACUAACCCUGACCCAGGGCCUACCUCUAACCCUAGACUAACCCUGACCCUGACCCAGGGCCUACCUCUAACCCUAGACUAACCCUGACCCAGGGCCUACCUCUAACCCUAGACUAGCCCUGACCCUGACCCAGGGCCUACCUCUAACCCUAGACUAACCCUGACCCAGGGCCUACCUCUAACCCUAGACUAACCCUGACCCAGGGCCUACCUCUAACCCUAGACUAACCCUGACCCUGACCCAGGGCCUACCUCUAACCCUAGACUAACCCUGACCCAGGGCCUACCUCUAACCCUAGACUAACCCUGACCCAGGGCCUACCUCUAACCCUAGACUAGUCCUGACCCAGGGCCUACCUCUAACCCUAGACUAACCCUGACCCAGGGCCUACCUCUAACCCUAGACUAACCCUGAACCCAGGGCCUACCUCUAACCCUAGACUAACCCUGACCCAGGGCCUACCUCUAACCCUAGACUAACCCUGACCCAGGGCCUACCUCUAACCCUAGACUAACCCUGACUCAGGGCCUAUCUCUAACCCUAGACUAACCCUGACCCAGGGCCUACCUCUAACCCUAGACUAACCCUAACCCUGACCCAGGGCCUACCUCUAACCCUAGACUAACCCUGACCCAGGGCCUACCUCUAACCCUAGACUAACCCUGACCCAGGGCCUACCUCUAACCCUAGACUAACCCUGACCCAGGGCCUACCUCUAACCCUAGACUAACCCUGACCCAGGGCCUACCUCUAACCCUAGACUAACCCUGACCCAGGGCCUACCUCUAACCCUAGACUAACCCUGACCCAGGGCCUACCUCUAACUCUAGACUAACCCUGACCCAGGGCCUACCUCUAACCCUAGACUAACCCUGACCCAGGGCCUACCUCUAACCCUAGACUAACCCUAACCCUGACCCAGGGCCUACCUCUAACCCUAGACUAACCCUGACCCAGGGGCUACCUCUAACCCUAGACUAGCCCUGACCCAGGGCCUACCUCUAACCCUAGACUAACCCUGACCCAGGGCCUGCCUCUAACCCUAGACUAACCCUGAACCAGGGCCUACCUCUAACCCUAGACUAAUCCUGACCCAGGGCCUACCUCUAACCCUAGACUAACCCUGACCCAGGGCCUACCUCUAACCCUAGACUAACCCUGAUCCAGGGCCUACCUCUAACCCUAGACUAGCCCUGACCCAGGGCCUACCUCUAACCUUAGACUAGCCCUGACCCAGGACCUACCUCUAACCCUAGACUAGCCCUGACCCAGGGUCUACCUCUAACCCUAGACUAACCCUGACCCAGGGCCUACCUCUAACCCUAGACUAACCCUGACCCAGGACCUACCUCUAACCCUAGACUAGCCCUGACCCAGGACCUACCUCUAACCCUAGACUAGCCCUGACCCAGGGUCUACCUCUAACCCUAGACUAACCCUGACCCAGGGCCUACCUCUAACCCUAGACUAACCCUAGACUAACCCUAGACUAGCCCUGACCCAGGGCCUACCUCUAACCCUAGACUAACCCUGAUCCUGACCCAGGGACUACCUCUAACCCUAGACUAGCCCUGCUCCCCGUCCCGGAGAAACGCAUGGCGGAGUGGGAUUUGAACCCGCGCAUCGGGGACAUCCUGCAGAAGCUAGCCCCCUUCCUGAAGAUGUACGGAGAGUACGUGAAGAACUUUGACCGGGCCAUGGAGCUGGUCAACACCUGGAUGGAGAGGUCGUCCCAGUUCAAAGCCAUCGUCCACCACAUUCAGAGAGAGGAGCGCUGUGGUAACCUGACCUUACAGCACCACAUGUUGGAGCCGGUUCAGAGGAUCCCUCGCUACGAGCUGCUGCUGAAAGACUACCUGCACCGUCUCCCUGGCGACCACGACGACUUUAAGGACGCACAGAAAUCUCUGGAGUUGAUCGCCACAGCUGCAGAGCACUCCAACACAGCCAUCAGAAAGAUGGAGCGUAUGCGUAAACUGCUGAAGGUGUAUGAGUUGCUGGGAGGAGAGGAGGACAUCGUUAACCCUACUAACGAACUCAUCAAGGAGGGACACAUCCUCAAACUGUCAGCCAAGAACGGCACCUCACAGGACAGAUACCUCAUCCUGUUCAAUGAUAGGUUAUUGUACUGCGUCCCUAAGCUGAGGUUGAUUGGUCAGAAGUUUGGGGUGAGAGCCAGGAUUGAUGUGGAUGGGAUGGAGCUGAAGGAGAGCAGCAGUGUUAACGUGCCCAGGACCUUUCUGGUGUCAGGAAAACAACGAUCACUAGAGCUACAGGCCAGGACUGAAGAAGAGAAGAGAGAUUGGAUCCAAGCUAUCCAGGCCACCAUCCAAAGACAUGAACAGACGCUUGCGACGUUCCACCAUCUCAACUGUUCUCUCCGAGACGAGGACUACACUCCUCCCAACUCACCUAACUGUAAUGAGCUGGGGAAGCGUGCCCCCACACCGAUCCGGGAGAAGGAGGUGACUCUGUGUAUGAAGUGCCAGGAGCCGUUCAACUCCAUCACCAAGAGACGCCACCACUGCAAAGCCUGUGGACACGUGGUGUGUGGAAAGUGUUCAGAGUUCAGGGCCCGUCUACUCUAUGACAACAACAGAGCUAACAGGGUGUGUAUCGACUGCUACACCACCCUAGUCGGGGUUCCCCCCUCCCCCGCCAGUCUGACCAGCAGCGCAUACAGAAGACGGUCAAUAUUAGAGAAACAGGCGUCGGUGGCUGCCGAGAACAGUGUGAUGUGUAGCUUCCUCCACCACAUGGAGAAGGGAGCAGGCAGAGGCUGGCAGAAAGCCUGGUUUGUCAUCCCAGAGAAUGAACCACUGGUCCUGUACAUAUACGGUGCUCCUCAGGAUGUGAAAGCCCAGCGCUCUGUCCCUCUGAUUGGCUUCGAGGUCUCCCUUCCUGAGUCAUGUGACCGCAUGGAACGCCGCUUUGCCUUCAAAAUCAGCCAAUCACACCUUACGCUCUACUUCAGCGCCGACGGGGAGGAGCUACAGCGCCGCUGGACAGACGUCCUAUCACGCGCAGGGAGAGGGGAGGAGCUACAGGCUCACGGCUCAAUCAUAGAGACGCUAGAGGAGGAAGGGGAGGAGACUGCAACCUCGGGAGAGAAUACGUGAUUGGUUAGAAGGCGUAAAAUCAGUAUUAGAUCAUCUGCUGUAUACUCACAAAAACUACAAACUACAAACUACAAACUAAAAACUAGAAACUACAAACUGUACAGAUCAUGAGCAGCACAUACGCACAGUUUAAAACUUACAAACAAACACACACACACAGAUUUACACACACACACACACACACACACACACACACACACACACACACACACACACACACACACACACACACACACACACACACACACACACACACACACACACACACACACACACACACACACACACACACACACACACACACACAGACACACACACACAGACACACACCUCUCUGUAUUUAAUGUCAGUGAUCAGUCAGUUGCAUGAUAAUCUGCAGGUCCGUUUCUUUCAGUCAGUGUAUUGCUCAUCGUCUCAUUAGUGAACCAGUGUUUGCAAUAACAAAACAAUGGCAGUCAGAGUAAAGUGUUGCUCCCCUCCUCCCUUCAGAAGAAACACAUUACAUGAAGAUUAGUGUGUCAUAGUGAUUUUUUACAUCCUUUCGUUCUGAGCACGGAACAGACGUCCUCCUCCGUACCGUUUUUCCUCUGCCAAAAUCCAUGGUGACGAUGUCAUGUUUAGAACAUUGAGUGGUUGCUAUGCUGUCUGAGUGUUCUAGGGUUCUAGGGUUCUGAGUGUUCUAUGGUUCUGAGUGUUCUAGGGUUCUGAGUGUUCUAUGGUUCUGAGUGUUCUAUGGUUCUGAACGUGUGUAACUCUCCACAGAAGGAAGUAGAAAGGUGAUUAUACACUACAGCUGUGUUUCAGUGUCUGUUCCUCCGUGUGAAAUGGAUGUUGUUUGGAUGGUGAUGGUAAUUGUUGUCCUAUCCUAUCUGUUACUUUCUUCCUAAUGCAAGGAGAUGAUUCCUGAAGGGCUGGACAGUGUUGGAACGUGAUAAUGGACUGAGGGCUAACUGACCCCUGGACGGACGGACGGACAGAGACUGUCCCUGAAUCCCUGGCCCCCCUUUGGCUGAAGAGAAGAGGAAACAAUAUGGCUGCCUGCUACAGUCUGCUCCUGGGGAUGUUAAGCUCCAGAUGGAGGAUCAUAAUAUGAGACAGUUUGCUACAGCUGGAAUCCUGCAGUAGCAGGAAAUGGGAAUUAUUAUGUGGAUUAUAAUAAAUUAACCUUUUUUUUUUUUUAGUAAGGGUUGAUAAAGAAAAUCGUUACGCCAAAUCAAGUCUGAAUUUUAAAGUGAUUGAAAUUUUAAAGUGUAAAUUACAAACCUUAGAAGCGUUUUUAAACUUUGAAUAUACUACAAGUUUGCACAAAAGAGUGAUCAAAUGAAGAUCCUACAUCUGUAUAGCCUUUCACGUCUGCUCUGGGGGAAUGUGUUACAGUCUCCUUCCUCCUCAAGCACUCUCUCUCAUCGGGUUCAGCUGUAUAGAAUUUAGAAUAUAGAAUUUAGAAUAUAGAAUUUAGAAUAUAGAAUUUAGAAUAUAGAAUUCUCAAUUUGAAACUGUCCCUUUUUAUGGAAAACGGUUUGCUAAGUUCUUGUACGGGGCAAGUUGUUUUAUACGAAGUGGGUGUUGUUAAAUGACCACAGGUAAAGACUAUUGAAAGAAGAUUUAAAAAAUAUAUAUAUAUCAUUUUUAGAGGUUUGACUCCAAUUGAAAAAGUUAAGUUUCUGAGCCCGUUUCCCACUUUUUACAAUUAGAUUCAGUGUUUUUAACCUUUAAAAGAUUCCAUUCGAUGCCCAUUUUAUCUCUAGAGCCAAGGGCCCAGUGAUGAAUAGAGGGAUUGAACCCAUCUAUAACUGAAAACAUUCUUUAUUGAAAAGCAGAUAGUUAGUUCCUGACUUGCAGAAUCUUGCUGACUCCCUAAAGAUGAACACUUAAAAAAAUAAAUAAACAUCGGUCCCAAUGUCUUGACGAGUGUUAUAACACACCCCUCUGCCACCUAGUGGAGACAGACUGUAUUACACUAAGAGCGGCUGUAGAAAGCAGGGAAUUAGUUACCGCCUUUUUGUCCCUGGAAGAGACAGGGUGAGGAGGUAUAGAAAGACUGAUGGAAAGACACGACUGUCCAUAAAAUCAUUUCUCUUUCUAAAACAUGGUAAUAUAUGAUGGAGCUUCUCAUGUCAGAGAUGGAUUUAUAAUAUUGUAAGUAACGAAGCCCUUAUUAGAGACAUUGACAACUUCGUCCCAAUCUCCGUUGAUCUGUUUAGGCUACGGUACUUUGGUAUGGGGUUGUGCUGUUGAGUGAGAAAGCAUGUUGUGUUGACAGAUUUACAAUAGAGAGAGAGAGCGAGAGAGAGAGAGAGACAGAGAGAGAGAGAGAGAGACAGAGACAGAGACAGAGACAGAGACAGAGACAGAGACAGAGAGCGAGAGCGAGAGCGGCGGGGGAAGGGGGGGCGCUAAGAGAUUCCAGAAAUGGCUUGUGUUUGUAUCAUUCUAACCAGUGGUAUCUGACUUUAUGAGAGUGUUUUACUAGUUAAUACAGAGUACAGAAUGAUACAGUAUAUAUGAAACAGCAACAAAAAAAAGUUGAGUAUUUUAGAUGUUUUGAUGAAUCUGGGUUGUAUGUUUGAAAAUACUUUUUUUAUUUUUUUUAUUUUUUACAUGCAUUUGCAUUUGUAAAUAUAAUUUAUUCUCCUCUCGGCCCAGUUUUGUGGGUGAGCUGUAAUGUGUUACAUGUGUUAUUGCUGUCAUGUUGGUGCUGUCUAGAUUGGACUUCAAAUGACCGUGGUUGAACUACUUUUGGAAAUCCCAGAACUUCUCAAUGACCACUAACUGCAGUAUAUUAGUCUGAAGAUGAUGAUGGUAAAUGACGUAACGUAAAGGGGAAUAGAUACUAGCCUGGUACCAGGUCUGUUUGUGCUGUCUCGUCAACUCAUCCAUAACAACAUCCAUUGAAGUUGUCAAGACAACACCAACAGAUCUGGAACCAGGCUAAACUGACACGUUGUCUUUUGUUUUUUCACUCCUAAACUAGUAACUCAACGUAUUGAUUGGUCGAUUGGAUGAAUUCAAAAGGUAUAUAUGGAUUUUUUUUUUUUAAAUACAGCUGAAAAAUUGUUUUUGGGUUGCUCUUGUUUUGUUAUUAUUGCUCUUUGUUGUCUGAGGGAAACAUUCGGUAUCCCAGCAACAGUAUAAUAUCCCAGCAACAGUAUAAUAACGCCAGAUAGACAAGACCAGACGUAAGGUGACGUGUGUAAAUAUUGACAUUCCAGUGUGUACUUGACUUGCCGUCCAUCCAGCCUCUAACCGUACUUAGCCUGGUCCCAGAUCUGUUUGUGCUGUUUUACCCAACUCGGUGACAACUCUCGAGUUAGCAAGAUAGCACAAACAGGUCUGAGACCAGGCCCGCCCACUUCACGUGCCAAGAACACCGAUUCAGAGUGUUGGUUUCAAUCUGAAUACCUAUAUGUUAGGGUUACGUCGAUCCCCACGUCAAAGAGUGUUCAUGUUGAAUUACAGCAGUGUCAGAUCUACUUUAAUCUAUCUGCACUAUAGAGUGUUGAUGAGUGGCAGUCUUGUCUACAAAACAGCACAGACAACAGGACCAUGGCUGUCUGCACACAUAACAACACUGUCGAAUAAAGUUUAUAUCAAUUAGUAUGCUGGGACAGCUACUUCCUGUCUCGUUAGAUUACCGUGGUAACAGUUACAACAUGCCUUACAGUGCAGUCUUAUAGCGUCUUAGACAUAAUCCAUCAACACCAACAUGUUACGUCUGCUUUUACCGAUGUACACUUAGGGAGACUACCAUACGAUUGAGGCUCUCAGUUCAUAUUUUUUAUUUCAUUAUUUGUGUCUAUCGAAGCGCUUUUAAAAAACAAAAUAAAACUGCGGUUUGUGUUGAUUUAUUGGUUUUACUUCAAAAGUAUUGUUUGAAUUCGCCUGAUAGCCGGUAAUAUUGAACCCUCAGACAAAUUCAGGUUCAAUAAUUUGCCAGGACGAUCUCUAGUAGGACAUGGUGCUGGAAUAUAUUCAGUAGUGGAAUAAAUCCUGGACUUUUCUUCAAUCAUGAAUUCGGAAAAUAAAUUUGGAUUUUUGUUUGUGUACAAUUUAACUCCCUUUCCAGCUUUUCCACAACAGUCCCGUUGGAAUACACUACGGUACGUUUUAUUUAUACAGAUUCAUUUCCCCAAUACUUCCAAACAUAUUGUUGAACUGUAGUGUAAGACAUCAUUCUGUUUGUUUACAAUUGUAAAGGUCAUAAGACUAGAGGUACUCACGCGUUCAAGGACAACUGCUGUGUGCCUCGUGUGAAGAUCAGGAAUCUGCAAUGUUUGGGGAAUUUUACCAACUAUAUUUACUACAAUAUACAAACUUUAAAAAAAAAUGGCUUUCAUUGACAUCUACAUGAACUUGUUUGAACAUUCUGUGAAAUAAUAAUGAGACAUACAAACAUGCUACACACAUGACAUGUUACUGUAACUAGGGAUGUUACCGUAACUAUGGGUGUUACUGUAACUAUGGGGGUUACCGUAACUAUGGAUGUUGCUGUAACUAUGGGGGUUACCGUAACUAUGGGUGUUACUGUAACUAUGGAUGUUACUGUAACUAUGGGUGUUACUGUAACUAUGGGUGUUACUGUAACUAUGGAUGUUACCAUAGCUAUGGGUGUUACUGUAACUAUGGGUGUUACUGUAACUAUGGGUGUUACUGUAACUAUGGAUGUUACCGUAACUAUGGGGACGUGUAUACAGUACACACAUGUUACCUGUUGCUCUUGAAGCGCUUUGAAAUUCUAUAAAAUGUAAUAAAUUAUUAUUAUUGUUAUUAUUACAUGAUUGUUACCUUAACUAUGAUGGGAUACACACAAGUUACAUGUGUGUUAGUUUAACUCUGAUGGGAGAUGUGUAAACAAACACGUUACAUGUGUGUUACUUUAACUGUGAUUACAGGUUUAUACAAACAUGUUGGAGUGUGAUUGUUACUGUAAAUUUACGGUAAAUGGGAUAUACAGACAGACAGGUAGAAGCAGUGACUGGUGUGUUUACAGUAACGUCCUGUCAUCAGCUUAGUGGCCUGUACACUGCUCUGCUCUAGUCUGCCUGGCACAGUAACGUCCUGUCAUCAGCUUAGUGGCCUGUACACUGCUCUGCUCUAGUCUGCCUGGCACAGUAACGUCCUGUCAUCAGCUUAGUGGCCUGUACACUGCCCUGCUCUAGUCUGCCUGGCACAGUAACGUCCUGUCAUCAGCUUAGUGGCCUGUACACUGCCCUGCUCUAGUCUGCCUGGCACAGUAACGUCCUGUCAUCAGCUUAGUGGCCUGUACACUGCUCUGCUCUAGUCUGCCUGGCACAGUAACGUCCUGUCAUCAGCUUAGUGGCCUGUACACUGCCCUGCUCUAGUCUGGCUGGCACAGUAACGUCCUGUCGUCAGCUUAGUGGCCUGUACACUGCUCUGCUCUAGUCUGCCUGGCACAGCAACGUCCUGUCGUCAGCUUAGUGGCCUGUACACUGCCCUGCUCUAGUCUGCCUGGCACAGUAACGUCCUGUCAUCAGCUUAGUGGCCUGUACACUGCUCUGCUCUAGUCUGCCUGGCACAGCAACGUCCUGUCAUCAGCUUAGUGGCCUGUACACUGCCCUGCUCUAGUCUGCCUGGCACAGUAACGUCCUGUCAUCAGCUUAGUGGCCUGUACACUGCCCUGCUCUAGUCUGGCUGGCACAGUAACGUCCUGUCGUCAGCUUAGUGGCCUGUACACUGCCCUGCUCUAGUCUGACUGGCACAGUAACAUCCUGUCGUCAGCUUAGUGGCCUGUACACUGCUCUGCUCUAGUCUGCCUGGCACAGCAACGUCCUGUCUUCAGCUUAGUGGCCUGUACACUGCCCUGCUCUAGUCUGACUGGCACAGUAACGUCCUGUCAUCAGCUUAGUGGCCUGUACACUGCCCUGCUCUAGUCUGACUGGCACAGAAACAUCCUGUCGUCAGCUUAGUGGCCUGUACACUGCUCUGCUCUAGUCUGCCUGGCAUAGUAACGUCCUGUCAUCAGCUUAGUGGCCUGUACACUGCUCUGCUCUAGUCUGCCUGGCAUAGUAACGUCCUGUCAUCAGCUUAGUGGCCUGUACACUGCCCUGCUCUAGUCUGGCUGGCACAGUAACGUCCUGUCGUCAGCUUAGUGGCCUGUACACUGCCCUGCUCUAGUCUGCCUGGCACAGUAACGUCCUGUCAUCAGCUUAGUGGCCUGUACACUGCUCUGCUCUAGUCUGCCUGGCACAGCAACGUCCUGUCAUCAGCUUAGUGGCCUGUACACUGCUUUGCUCUAGUCUGCCUGGCACAGUAACGUCCUGUCAUCAGCUUAGUGGCCUGUACACUGCUCUGCUCUAGUCUGCCUGGCACAGCAACGUCCUGUCAUCAGCUUAGUGGCCUGUACACUGCUUUGCUCUAGUCUGCCUGGCACAGUAACGUCCUGUCAUCAGCUUAGUGGCCUGUACACUGCUCUGCUCUAGUCUGCCUGGCACAUGCCUAUGCCUGGCAUAGUCUUGCCAUUACUUUUUAUAUUGUUGUUAUUCAUCAACACCCAGGGUUGUGUCUGAAAGGCACCAUGUUCCCUAUAUAGUAUAUACUGUAGGUAUAGUAUAUAUAUAGUGCACUACUGUUGACCAGGGCCCAUUGGGUCACCCAUACAAUUCUGUCAUAUUGGUCAAAUGUAGUGCACUAUAUAAGGGAACAGGUUUCCCAUUUCGUACGCAUCCCUCGGUCUCUGUUGAGAAAACCCUGAUAUGAACCGUCAGGACGGUAGGAGGAUCUUAGCAUCGUUGUUACAGUGAACCAGAACGGCCUGGACACGGAAAAAUACAUUGGCAAAAAAAAAAUAUGCAAAUAAAUCUUUUGGGGAAAUA